GCGGAAAACAACAAGGGCAAAAGGGUUGGUAGAAUCUCGCCCGUGUGCGCAGCGCCGAAGGAUGCUGAUCGAAAAAGCAUUGCUAUCUGUCAUUACUGUGGUCACUUUAAAAUUGCAAUUGGCACACUUUCCUAGUGUGCAUUACUUCGAUUUAAAGCCUUAUUCCGUUUGUUUGAUUAGUAAGAUGUAAACUAUCUCUAGGUAAAGACAACUAUCAACUUCUCCAUCUGGCAGGUUGCUUUUGAAUUAUACUAAUAUUGCAACCAAUGCAACAGAUUUGUCAGCUGCAGUUAAUUAUAAACAACCUAUUGACUAUCGUUUUAUGGGAGAGGAGCAUCAUAUUUCUGAUAAUCCUUAAUCAUCAUCAGUAAGGCAGGCACCAUGCUGACCAGCAUUACAGAUGGGAUCCUGUGCUGUCUGACUGGGAAGGCUGCCAGCCUGGUGAUGCCCGUCGACUCUUCUGAGCCAGCGGACACCUUUGAGUUUGUAGAAGUGAAGCCUGGGAGAGUCCUCAGGGUUCGCCACAUCAUGCCCGAGCGCCGGGCACCAGUAGUGACGGAGGAGGACCAAGUAAAGGAGCCAGAGCAGGAGAAGGGCAGUGGAAACAGCAACAACAGUAGCAGUGUGCACUGCAAGCGCAAGAUCACUGUCUACCGCAAUGGCCAGCUAGUCAUUGAGAACCUUGGUGACGUGCUGCACUCUGAGAUUGUCCAGUGCCAGAAUGGAGACCUGGAGCCCUGCAGCACCGUGGAGGUGGAACUGGCCGACUAUAAGGAAGUGCCCACAUCUCCUGAACCAAAACCCGCGCCUCCCCUGUCCAUGGUCGGGGAGCAGAAACCCGCACCCCCGCCUCGCCGGCGCCGCCGAAAGCCCAAGCGCAUGGUGAUGAUUGACUCGGAGAGGGAGAUAUCCAGCUGCAAGGGGACGCACUCGGACGUGGCGCUCUUUUUUGUGCACGGGGUCGGCGGCUCGCUGGACAUCUGGGGCAGCCAGCUGGACUUCUUCUCGCGGCUAGGGUAUGAGAUCAUCGCACCUGACCUGGCGGGCCACGGGGCCAGCAGGGCCCCCCACAUUGCGGCGGCCUACACCUUUUACGCCUUGGCCGAAGACAUGCGUGCCAUCUUCAAGAAAUACGCCCGUAAACGCAACAUCCUCAUUGGGCACUCCUAUGGGGUAUCGUUCUGUACCUUCCUGGCCCAUGAGUAUCCAGACCAGGUUCACAAGGUAGUGAUGAUCAAUGGAGGGGGGCCCACAGCUCUGGAGCCCAGCCUCUGUUCCAUCUUCCAGCUGCCUUCUUGUGUGCUGCACUGCCUGUCUCCCUGCCUGGCCUGGAGCUUUCUCAAGGCUGGGUUUGCCCAUCAGGGAGCCAAAGAGAAGCAGCUGCUGAAGCAGGGCAAUGCCUUCAACGUGAAUCCAUUCGUGCUGCGUGCCAUGAUGAGCGGGCAGUACUGGCCCGAGGGGGAUGAGGUGUACCACGCUGAGCUAACCGUGCCCAUCCUGUUGGUGCACGGCAUGUACGACAAGUUUGUGCCCAUUGAUGAGGACCAACGCAUGGCCGAGAUCCUUCUGUUUGCUUUUCUGAAAGUCAUCGAGGAGGGCAGUCACAUGGUGAUGAUGGAGUGCCCUGACACAGUCAACACCCUCCUGCACGAGUUUUUCCUAUGGGAGCCUGACAUGUCCAAAAAGAACACCGCCAAGACUGAUCCUGACAAGACUGUCAUAGUCAAUGGUGUUGUCGCCCAGACACCAAAACCAAACAAGCCCAUGGACAAAUAACCAAUAAUGAGUCUCAUUUUACAUGAGCAAACCCAAUCCGAGGGCCUGUCUUUGGCAGGUGGCACGUGGUCUUAAGGCUGCUCGCAGGCUGAGAGCUGUUAUUAACUGGGCCAGAGUUUGUUGUGGAAGUGGAGGGGAGGCACCUGGUGCUCCAAGCUAGAGUUGGCAUCUGAAUAGGACUGUGGCAAGAAAAAUGAAGAAAAGGAUGGAAAGAAGAUGAAUCUGACAGAGAUGCGUGUUCCUCUUUCCCCUUUGACAGCUGUCUGUGCUUCAUCAUGUGGUGUAUGUAAUCAGACAGACCUCGGGUCCAGAGGAUGUUAUUAAAACACAAUAUCCAUUUGUAAUUCUCUCGAGUACCAAACUUGGUUGGUGAGUGGACCAUUGUGAACCAAAGCGAGGAAGGCAUGACCAUUAAAUGGUGUGUGGAUCGCCUUGCUACCUAUCAUCCAUUAUCUUGUGAGUAAUAUUUCACUGCUGAUUGGUGUCCUGACGAAAUGAUGAUCUUAUAAAACUGGGUCCAUAUUAUGGAUUCACUUCAAAGCGGAAAAUAAUUCACUUGGAAAACUGUGAAACUAUCCAGACAAUACGGCAGGUAGCCUCGUGGUUAGAGGGUUGGGCCAGUAACCGAAAGGUUGCUAGAUCAAAUCCCCGAGCUGACAAGGUAAAAAUCUGUCGUUCUACCCCUGAACAAGGGAGAUAGCCCACUGUUCCCUGGUAGGCCGUCAUUGAAAAUAAGAAUGUGUUCUUAAUUGACUUGCCUAGUUAAAUAAAGGUUAAAUAAAUGUUUUUAAAAAAAUGACAAUUAAAAAAUACAAGUCAAUGAGUGACUGGUGUAUUAUGGGAGUAAGAUUUGCCAUGCCACAUUGCGAUCCAGUUUGCAUGAGGUCAUCAUCAUGGUAAUCAUCCCCUACUAAGCAGGUUAUAGUGUUGACUGGAUGGAAGUGGUGGAUGGAUUGGUAAUUGUUAUGGCAACAAGUUACUACAAGACAUACACCACACACCUAAACAAAUGGGCCAUACAAAGUUCCACAACCUCAUAAAAUAUAAUCAAGCCAAAGUAACGCUGUUAAAACAUGUCCUUAAGCAAACUAAAUAUCUGUCAGUUGCAGUCAGUAUCUGUCUGUGCAUUCAUUCACACCUGCAGUCUAGGAUACAGGUUCGCUUUUGAAACAUAGUGAUUCAUCUAUACCCAAAAUGGAGCAUUUUGCCUCAAGAACAUUUUGCGGUGUUAUCUGAUAUUAUGCAUUUAGAAACCUAUGCUUACUCUGUGUCUACGUUAUGAAUUAUCUAACCUAACUGGACUAUUUGAAGUCGCUGCAUGAAUAGGCUUUUAAGAUAUUAGAGAAUGUUCUUGUCAAUAUACAGUUGAGAAAUCCCAAAACCUCCCCUGUCCUCUGAGAGUAUAAUCUAAGCGGCAUUAUGGACAGAGGAGAUGUUGGACCAAAGCUUUGGUGAUAGGCAAUCCAAAUAAUGUAAGAGUAGUCCAUAACAAUUAUUUUUAAAUACUGAUGCUAGUUAUUCAACUAACAAUAGGGCAACUCAUUUUGCCUCGGAAUUUGAUAUAACACCAUUAUGAAUGAUGUUGUUCUUCUGUCUACCAGAUAGUAUAGCAAAGCAUUGUCCUCCACUACCCUCCAGUCAAUCUGUUUGUGCUUGCAAUGUCAAAGGUCGUCCAUGAUAAUAAGCUAAAGGACAUAAGUUUUCAGGUGCUCAUUUGUGAACGUUUUCUUGUCUCAUAAUGAGAGUGUGUGAUUUGAUCUGUGAUUAGGAAGUAGGAAGCACAGUAACACAUGUAUCUGAUUCAAUCUCUCCGACUGUUAACAUGCUUUACUCACAUAUGCAUUAUCCUGAGAAAGGAUCAGAGAUGAUUAUGCAAUUUCUAAGGAGAUGAGUUAUGAACUGUACAGAAAGAUAAUGCAUAAGUAACGGAAACAAGUAGGUUGAGGAACAAAUGAGUUUGAAUUGGCUGUUGAAAAGAAGAUGUAUUCAUGUAGACUGUCAAAAAUACCAUGAAGUGCUGCUGAUCCAGUCUGCUUAGGCACUGUAUUGAUUGUUCCGACAGCUACAUGGAUUGAAGGGCGUACAUUUGCUUCCUCCACUUAAUGUCUAAAAAAACAGUCUCUCCUAUCCAGUGUGCUAUCAUUUGUGGUUAAAAAUGUGUAAAUGUUAUUAAUGCAUUUAUUCCUAGACAUCAGAACUCAUGCACUGCCUGAAUGUAGGUGCAUAUACAGUUCAGAUAUAUGGACAUGUUCAGUUGAGUGUAUGAAUGUGCCUUUCCUGGCAUGAAAUAAAACAAAUGU